UCCCCAAAAAGGUCAAGUUCUAUAUAAAAAAAAAUCAAAAUCAAUUAGAUUUGAAUUGAGAAAAUAGGUUAAUUACCAUCCAUAAUCCCCAAUCUUCCUUUCACCCUUUGAGACCCUAAUCAUAAAAAUUCCAUUUUUAUUGCCUAAAGGUAAAGGAACAUAACCCAGAAGACCAAAUUCAUUUUAAGACACAAAGAAUGAGGACAUUGAGCUGAGAUGAAAAUAAUAUUACAAUAGAGGUUCAUGGCAGGAUGGUCAAUGCUGAGAAAUGGUUCUUUAGAUUGUAUCGAUGUAAUUAACGAAAAUAAGGAUAGUAUUUGUCGUCCUGAUGUGAAUUCUUCUGUGAAGGAUCAUAAAGCUCUAGACGAGUCUAAUGAUGAUAACGAAGCGAUAUUAAGUUGCCUGUUUGAUCAGGUUCUUUCAGUUUUAGCUGAUGAGGCUGCUUCUAGGGGAUGCUAUAGGCCUAUUCCAGCUAUGCUUGGUGAUGGGAAAUCACUGGACUUGUUAGAACUUUUUCGGGUGGUGAAAAAGAGAGGCGGGUUUGAUUUGGUGAAUGGAUUUUGGAGCUUUGUGGUUAAAGAGCUAGGUUUGGAUGUUCAAGCUUCAGCUUCAAUUAAAUUAGUUUACUUUCAGUACUUGUAUGAGUUGGAAAGAUGGUUGAGGAAGAGAAGCAGCAGCAAUGGAAAAUCAGGAAAUAGGCAGGGCCGGCCUGGUGGAAAUCUAGAGGCGGAGUUUAAAAGAUUGUUGUUAUAUGGAUUUAGAAUGGGUAAAGAUAAAAAAAAUAAGAAAAAGAAGAUACAUAUGGUUACGGAUGUUGUGAAGAGUAAAUUAAGUCCGGUAGAUACUAUAGAUGUGGAUAGAAAAUGCAACGGUAUUGGUAGUAAGCAUACUGAUGAUGACGAAAAAUUUCAUGAUUAUAACGACAAAUGCAAGGGGAAGGCUCUGGAUAUACAUGUGCAUCCUCCCUGUAUCCGAGCAUUAGGGGACGAGAACCGCUGUCUUGAGAAAUGUUCUAAUAACAAUGCUAUUAAUGAUGACGAUGUUGUAAUCUUGGACACGAUAAUUGGUAAGAAAUUGUUCAGUUCACGGAAAAGAAAACGAGAGUCAGUAUCAAGAAUGCUGAACUGGGUGAACCAAAUUGCAAAAUGUCCUGAUCACCCUUCGAUUGGGGAAAUACCGUCAUUGUCAGAGUUGAAAGAUCACAAAGGCGACGAAUUGUGGGCCCUAGCCAUUGGAGCAAGGGAUGCUCUUUUGAAAAAAAGGCAGGUUCAUAUAAGCUCCAAACAGUCUCUGCUGCAGAACAAUCACAAGAUGCAUCCAUCCAUGUAUGAGGAUGUUAUUCCUCUCAAUGAACCUUCUGCGGAGAUGUUAAGAAGCAGUGAGCGGCUCCCUGCUUUAAUAAAAUCCCGUACCUGCUCUUGUUGCAAUUCAUCACGUUCAGCCCCUAAAACUCAAUUGACAAGUCCUCCCAAGACUCGGAUUAAUGAUGCAUUCAAGGAGUCAACGGUUCUGGCUGAUGAUUUAUCUGCUGUGACUACAACACUCGGGCCACUUUCGGAUGAACACGUCCAUAGGCAUGUUUUUGUGGGUCGCCGUUUUCAAGCUGAAGUCCCUGAAUGGACUGGCUCGGUUUGCGAGAGCGAUUCUAAAUGGUUAGGCACGAAGGUAUGGCCUUUGGAAUAUGGAGAGCACAAUGUCCACAUUGAAGCAGAUUCUAUAGGAAAGGGAAGACCCGAUAUCUGUGAUUGUGACCUUCCUGGUUCGGUUGAAUGUGUGAGAUUUCACAUUGCUGAAAACAGGGUAAAGUUGAAAAUUGAACUAGGCUCUAUGUUCUAUCAUUGGAAAUUUGAUCGCAUGGGCGAAGAAAUCUCACUUAGAUGGACUGUUGAGGAAGAGAAGAGGUUUAAGGAUGUGGUGAGGUGUAAUCUCCCAUCUCUGGAUAGGUCAUUCUGGGAUAACUCACGUAAGUAUUUUCAUAGAAAGACAAAGGAAGAUUUGGUGAGUUAUUACUUCAAUGUAUUUCUUGUUCAGCGCAGAAGUUAUCAGAACCGCGUAACACCAAAACACAUUGAUAGUGAUGAUGAUGAAUCAGAAUUUGGAUCUUUAAGUGACACUUACGGUCAUAGAGCACUCAAGGUUGUUCAUGGCACAAAUAUGCUGACAUGUGUAGAGAAUAAACAGUGCAGUGAUUUCGAGUAGUCGGAAAUUCACAUCGAGUAUUAGUCACACUUUUAUUUAAAACUCGACUUUUUGACGGUUUUCCAUCUCUUUUUGCCGAAGUUCAAAACUGUUCUUUUCUUACAUGUUCAGCAUCCUUAAUGCUGCUGAAAGUUUUGAUGGGAUGAGUCGAUGACCUUUGAGAUGAUGCAGUUUUAAAAAGAUGAAGCGUGGUGGUGGACGCAGCCCGUGGGGGGUUUAUGUAGCUCGGAUAGGAAUAGAGUUUGCAGUGUCCCGAAAUUCUCUCCUUUCUUAUCAAUGGGGCGAUCUUCUUGUUCAGCGUCAGGCUGAGAUGUAGAGUGUUGUACAAUGUGCUGCACCUUGCCUGAAGGGGGAAGAACGAAUUAAAUAUCAAUUUGCCUCCUUAACUUAUACGUGAUGAGCAAUCAGCGCUAAAAUUUAUUUUAUCAAUUAGACCAAAUUAUGAUCAAUUAAUCCAAUUUUUUUGGUUAAUUAGCCCUUACAGUUGGUUUUCAAAAUUGAUAUAUUUGGUCUAAUUGAUAAGUAAUGAAUAGUUGAUAAAAAGGAUAAUUUUGAUGUUAUUUGUUCAUCCUAUGCAAGUUCAGAGGCAAAUUGACACUGAAGUUGGAAAAAAAUGGUAGAGAUGAGACGGUAUUGUUGGAGCUAAAGCUUUUGUAGUUCUUUUGUUUCAAGAAUUUCUGUUAUGUGUUGCAUGCUGCCAUUGCCAUUUUAUUACAGCACAUUUCGAGGUCUUGAUUUUGGGAUUUGGCAAUGGCGAUUUUGCUUCCCUCGUUCAAUAUUUGUGUAUCAGUUUUUUGUUUUGCUGAAGGAUCUGGAUGAAGAUCAGUAUUCAUAAGAACAGUUAUGUUUGUUUGUAAUGAACUCUCAAUCUGAAAGCAAUCCAUAUUCUUUAGCAAAACUAUGCAGGUCACUCUCUAUAAGGUAACAAACCAGGAACUGAUUUUACAGUUAGCAGCAAGUCUGAUAGCUCCAGCUUGUUGGUUGGAUCCGGUCUGUUGACCCUGGUUAGAAGGUUUGCUUUCUUUGCCUUAUAAGGUCUGUCUACGCUCCACUAAGCGACCAACGUAAGUGGAAAGAUCCUCUUGAAAAGCAUAUGGGAUGCAGUCGAAAUAGAAUUAUCUUCAAGAAUUAAGUGUUUGUUAAGCUUAA